AUGGCUCUUUUAGUUGAUAAGUUGCGCCCGCGCUCUUUGGACGCCCUUUCAUACCACCACGAUCUGUCCGCACGCUUAAAGUCCCUAGCUCAAAGCGGAGACUUUCCUCACCUGCUCGUUUACGGACCAUCCGGCGCGGGCAAAAAGACCCGUGUGAUCGCAACACUGAAGGAAUUGUACGGCCCCGGAGUCGAAAAGAUCAAGAUCGACGCUCGAGUCUUCCAGACGACGAGUAACCGGAAACUGGAAUUCAACAUCGUCUCGUCCAUCUAUCACCUUGAGAUUACGCCGUCUGACGUCGGCAACUAUGACCGCGUCGUGGUCCAGGAACUUCUGAAGGAGAUCGCGCAGACCCAACAGGUCGAUCUCUCGGCGAAGCAACGGUUCAAGGUCGUCGUGAUCAACGAGGCGGAUCAUCUUACUCGCGAUGCGCAAGCAGCUCUGAGACGCACCAUGGAGAAAUACAGUCCCAAUCUACGGUUGAUUCUGCUGGCCAACAGCACUUCCAAUAUCAUUGCCCCCAUUCGCUCGCGAACCCUGCUGGUUAGGGUUGCCGCGCCAACAGAAGAGCAAAUAUGUUCUGUCUUGAGUAAUGCGGGUAAGAGAGAAGGCUGGCCGGAGGCAAGUGGGUUGAACAAGAGGAUAGCGAAAGACAGCCAACGGAAUCUUCGCCGGGCGCUACUUAUGUUCGAGGCCGUCUACGCUCAAAGGUAA